AUGCGAAUGAGGAUUGAAGAAAGGAACGACACAUCAGAUAGAGGUAAAAAAUGGGACGAGAGAGAGAGAGAGAGAGAGAGAGAGAGAGAGAGAGAGAGAGAGAGAGAGAGAGAGAGAGAGAGAGAGAGAGAGAGAGAGAGAGAGAGAGAGAGAGAGAGAGAGAGAGAGAGAGAGAGAGAGAGAGAGAGAGAGAGAGAGAGAGAGAGAGAGAAGAGAGCGAGAAGGGGAGAGAGAGAGGAGAAUGACCGAGAGAGAGGGAGACAGAGGGAGAGAGAGGGAAAAAGAAAGGGAAAGAGGGAUGGAGGGAGGGAGGGAGAGAGAGGAGAGAGAGAAUGAGAGAAUGAGAGAGAGGGAGAGAGAGAGAGAGAGAGAGAGAGAGAGAGAGAGAGAGAGAGAGAGAGAGAGAGAGAGAGAGAGAGAGAGGAAAAACAGAUGAGAGAGAGAAAAAGAGUGAGAGAG